UGACAGUGGGGAGGAGUCUCUGGACACCCUGCUCACCCGGCUGCCUCUCACCCCAUCCCUGUCACCACGGAAACGCACCACCAGCCAGAGUAAGACGGAGCCCCCACUGCUGCGCACCAGUAAGAGGACCAUCUACACGGCAGGGCGGCCCCCCUGGUACAAUGAGUCGGGGACCCCCUUCAAGGAGGCGUUUGUCAUAGGUCUGUGCGGGGGCAGCGCGUCUGGGAAGACAACGGUGGCCAAUAAGAUCAUAGAAGCUCUGGAUGUGCCCUGGGUGGUCCUGCUGUCCAUGGACUGCUUCUAUAAGAUCCUGAGUAAGGAGCAGCAGGAGUCGGCGGCCCGGAACGAGUAUAACUUCGACCACCCCGACGCCUUUGACUUUGAUCUCCUGGUCAGUGUCCUGCGCAAACUCAAGAAGGGGAAGAGCGUGAUGCCGGUGUACGACUUCACCACGCACAGCCGCCGCAAGGACUGGAAAACCGUCUACGGGGCCAACGUGGUCAUUUUCGAAGGAAUUCUCGCCUUCGCCAACAAGGAGCUUCUGAAGCUCUUGGACAUGAAGGUCUUUGUGGACACGGACUCUGACAUUCGUCUGGUGCGGCGGCUGAAGCGUGACAUCACGGAGCGCGGCCGCGACAUUGUUGGGGUGAUCAAGCAGUACAAUAAGUUUGUGAAGCCGGCGUUCGAGCAGUAUAUAGAGCCCACUGUGCAGCUGGCGGAUAUCGUGGUGCCCAGAGGGGGCGAGAACUCUGUGGCUCUGGAUCUGAUAGUUCAGCACGUGCACAGUCAGCUGGAGAAGCGGGAGAUCACAGUGAGAGCGGCACUGGCUUCUGCUCACCAGGGGCAGCCUCUUCCGGAUACCUUGAGUGUUCUCCAGAGUACUCCACAAGUGCGGGGAAUGCACACCAUCAUCAGGAACAAGGACACCAAUCGAGACGAGUUCAUCUUCUACUCCAAGCGUCUGAUGCGUCUCCUCAUCGAGCAUGCACUCUCUUUCCUCCCACUCAAUCCCGUCACAGUGGAGACUCCACAGGGAACAUUGUAUCAGGGCAAAAGGUUCCAUCGUCAGCGGAUCACGGGGGUUUCUAUUCUUCGAGCUGGGGAGACCAUGGAGCAGGCGCUGACUGCUGUGUGUAAAGACAUCCGACUGGGCAAGAUCCUGAUCCAGACCAAUCACAACACAGGAGAGCCUGAGCUUCACUACCUGCGGCUGCCCAAGGAGAUCAGCGAGGAUUACGUCAUUCUGAUGGACAGUACCGUGUCCACCGGAGCUGCUGCCAUGAUGGCCAUACGUGUCCUCCUGGAUCACGAUGUCCAGGAGGACAAGAUCUUCUUGAUUUCGUUGCUGAUGGCAGAAAUGGGCGUACACUCUGUGGCCUACGCGUUCCCACGAGUCCGCAUCAUCACCACUGCCGUGGAUAAACGUGUCAACCAAGAAUUUCAUAUCAUCCCAGGCAUUGGUAAUUUUGGUGACCGUUUCUUUGGCACUGACGCACCUUCUGAUUUGUACGAGAGCGAUGAGUGCAACAUGGACUACUGAGCAUGGUGACGUGCUCGGACCCACAAGAUCUGCGGGUGAAUCCUCCACUUAUUUAUUAGUCACAUGACCCCUCUCCUGGACAUUCUUGAAGCUGGAGCUGAACGGGUAGCGGAAUGUAUCGUAGAACAAGCGGCCACUGGUGACUCCAAUACUUCCCCACAUGACCAUGGUCACUGACGACUAUGUCUCUGGUAUAUGGCACUUAUAUAUUAUCUGUGAGGAUUAAUGGCGAGUCUGAGGGGAUCUGUGACUACCAAGUGCCUGAUCCUACUGUACUGCCCCUUAUUGUUACAUGAAGGUCACCCCGAACCACUUCUUGAACACCCAUUGUUACUGAUAUGAAGAAGUAAUCGUCCCUCUACAAAUAAUAUGAGUAACAAAAGGGAAUAUUCCCUGAACUAGGUAAAGAUUUACAACCAUUUAGUGUGACCGAUACGCCAUAAUAAAGGAAACCACCUGCCAUAACAGCCUAAUUGAUUCAUCCCCUUCUACAUGAAGAUCACUUGACUGGAGGUCCGCCAUCUUGUACAUGAGGAUGACCAGACUAGUGUUGCACCAUCAUGUACAUGAGGAUGACCAGACUGGAGAUCCACCAUCAUGUUCGUGAGGAUGACCAGACUAGAGAUCCAUUAUCGUGUACAUAAGGAUGACCAGACUGGAGAUCCAUCAUCCUGUACAUAAGACUAGUGAUCCACCAUCAUGUUCGUGAGAAUGACCCGACUGGAGAUCCACCAUCUUGAACAGUCUCCAGAGCUCAGCUUUUUUCUUUCAUGGUGUUGCUGAUCCCUUGUCCUCUGGCUAACCUUCUAUACCAUAUUGUGCUUGUUGUGUACAUGUUCCUUUUCACUUUCCUCUUGGCAUUUUACAUGUCAGUCUAUCAUCCGCUUAGUUUUCUUCUUAUAAUAUACUGGGUAAACCUCCCCCAAUCAGGGAUUCGGCCUUCUCGAUAUGCAGCUCGUGCCUUGUUGUGUCACCAACGCUUCGCUGUAGAACCGCUUUCAGCCCAGCAACUUUCUGUAGGAAAAUAAAAUGUGUUUUAAUAUUGA